GCCAGAAAGCCAGUCGGAGUGGAAGUCAGAUGAUCCAACAGAAUAAACAUCUGCUCUAAAAAGGAGAAGAAAAAAUGAGAAUUAAAAAUCCAGGGAAUCCCAGCAGCAGCUAAAACAACUUGGAAACUGCUCGGAGACUCUUUGCCAUCAGAACGGGGUCAGGAUGCCGACCAGCGUGGUGAAGCUGAACAACAUGGAGGUUUCCUCUGAGGGCUCGGACAAGACCAUCAUCAACAUCAACGUCAGCCAGGAGUCAUCGCUGGCCUUCCUGGUCAGGUCCGUGCAACAGGCGAGGGCCAGGCCUGGGGCACCCGCCAGGCCUGGGGCACCCGCCAGCCAGGGCCUUGCCAAGGGCUGCUGCCGCGGGGAGCAGAAAGUGCUGGGGGCCUCCCAGGUGCUGCUCGGGAUCGUGUGCGGGGCCAUUGGCGUGAUGCUCUGCUUCGCGCCGGACACGGCGGAGUUCUGGUCGGGAUCCCCGUUCUGGACAGGCGCUCUGCUCAUCAUCUCGGGAGUCUCUUGCAUUGUGAGCGAGAAGCGUGGCACUGGCUGCUGGGUCUGGCUAGCCUUGUUGCUCACCCUGGCCAGCGCUGUCUCGGCCACCGUGGCUGUGAUCAUAGGGGCACGGAACAUGGUGUGGGAUUUCCCCCGCGUCGAAGGCUCCUACGUGUGUGACUCAGUCCCAUCCCCGCCCUCGGGCUCCGAUGACUCCUGGAGGCAGCGCAACUGCAGGCAAGAGUUCAGGAGCUUUGAGAACCUGUUCCUGGGCGUGCGGCUGCUGCUGCUACUGACCAUGGCCACCGGCCUCUGCAUCGCCUCCUACUCCUUCCUGUACGGCUGCUGGGCCCUGUGCUGCAGGAAGCAGGAGGGGGCCGAGGCGACGGGGAGCAAGGAGCCGCUACUGGCCUCUGACUGCAUCCUCCCGCCGGACCCGGAGAAAGCCCAGGAGAUCUGAGCUCCCAGCCAGGCUCCAGCUUCGCCCUGCCUGGAACUGCUUCUCUUUUUGCAAUCUUAAAA